UAUGGCCUUAAAAGUUGCGUGUGCCUAGUAAAUCCAGUUUACCUACCUCCUAUCUAUUACCUGAGCAUUCUCCUCCAUACACUUGUUAUUUGGACGACGGGUAAUUUAAGAGGAGUUUCUUUUUUGCCAGGUCAAGGGUCCAGCUUCCGUGGUCCAGCUUCCGUGGCUGUAAACUACAUUUUACUAUUGUUCUUCUGAUAGCUGGUCAAUUAACCACCACAAUGGUUGACCGAACCUUUUACCCCGAAGGGGAAAAACCCCCUAAUAUACAAAACGCUACAACAAUUCCCUGCCAACAUAUCGGUAUGGGUGAUAUCUUAAUCCUUCAGGGACGCCCUUGUCAGGUCAUCCGUAUCUCGAUCUCGUCGGUUACCGGCCAGCACCGCUAUCUUGGCGUCGACCCCUUUACAAAACAGCUCCAUGAAGGAUUUUCUUUCAUCGUGAACCCUACUCCUGAUAUUGCAGUCCACUCUAUGCACUAUCCCGUUUUGAAACAGUACCGUGUUCUCGACAUACAGGAAAACUCUAUCGUAGCUAUGACUGAGACGGGCGACGUUAAGAACGGCGUCCCCGUCAUUGACCAGUCCAACCUAUGGAACCGUCUACAGGUGGCGUUCAAUGGUGGACGUGGAAUUUCCAGCGUUCUUGUUCUUAUUGACGGCGAUAAAGAGCUUGUUAUUGAUAUGAAAAUCUUCAAUCCUUCAACUCUGGGGGGACCGUCGACAAUACACGAGGCGGUAAUGACUGGCAACAAAUUAGCAUUGCAAGCGAUCUUAUCGAAGCACGAGAACAUUAAUGAAUUGGACACUGAGGGGACAGAGCUUUUUGCUGCUGUGGAGAGCGGCCGCAGGGACAUUGUUGAACUACUAAUUCAAUAUGGAGCCGAUAUAAAUGCCAUAGAUAAGCAGGGCAGGACGGUAUUGGACAUUGCUAUUUUUGUUUUGGAAGAUCCCUCUAUGGCCUCUAAACUUCUCAGUCAUAGGGCAUCGCCUACAGCGGGAAUCGCCGGAGAUGUGUUGGGUUUAUUACAAGCCUCCGCGGAAGGCUACCAAGGCAUAGUAGAGAGUCUAUUGAAAGAUGGUGUUGAUGUUAACGGACAUGACAGACUGGGAUAUACGGCGCUUCAUGAAGCAGCCAUCUUCGGCCAUCAUGAUAUUGCCAGUCAGCUUAUCCGUCAUGGCGCAGAUAUCAACGCCAGGGUAGCAUUGGGAAAGGAUACAGUACUACAUACAGUAGUCUGUGGGGACAGAAGUCACCGAGUCUUUCUCGGGCUAGGUAGUCGAGGGAGAAACCCAGUGCUUGGCAGCGGCCAUGUUGAAAUCGUGAAGACUUUAUUGCAAAAUGGGGCUACUGCCAGUCAGAAGCGACAUGACGGACGUACUAUGGAGGACUUACUGAAAGCAAAGCUUUUAGACUUGGGCUUAUCCGAACCUGAGCAACGUGUUCUCCAGCAAAUACAGGAGAUUUUGAAGAAUCAUCCCAAGGUACAGGCAAAAGAGAUCCGAGGCGAGUCUAAUACAAAAGUAGCAAAGUUCGACAACGAGAAAGCACGCGUGUGUGACUUAUUCAACGCUCGAAUCCAAUACCAUACUUCUGGGUUUUAUUUACCGCGAGAAGUAUCGAUCAGAAAAUUCAUAUACCAUCAAUGGGAGCAUGCGACCGACCAAGACGAGAGCAUUCAGCCUAUAACAUUGGCGAAAGAAAUGGAAGGGAAGCAAUAUUGGAGAUGGAUACAUCUUCCCGCAAACAAUAAAAUUUGGGUUAAGGAUACGAUUCGUAAUUUAUACGAAAGCUCUGAGAUUAGCCUAACAUUGGAUAACUUCAAAGAGGUUAUCCGCUUCAUAGACAGUUCAUACAAUGAGUACAAAGGUUCAAUAUCUGAUAUACGCUUACGAAGACCAUCCUUCAAACGAUGCCCUAAGUCUGACCACCUCUUUUCAAUGGUUGUACCAUACUUCGAUGUAGAAGCUCUUGAAAACUAUAUAAGUCGCAGAGAAAAUGAACAGUCUCCAUUCCGCAAGAGACAGGAUCUGGAGAGGGUGUACCGCAAAUUCGGCGACGAACCCGAAGAUUUACAUAUUCCAUACUCCCUAGACCAGUUCUACUACUCGUUCCUUAACGACUCUACCGAUAGAGAUAAGACCCAGGUUGUCGUCAAAUACGCGGAGCUACGGAAGAAGAGAACCAAAUCCAAAUCGCCUUACAAGUUGGCUACGUACCAACCCGAAGAAACCGAGGAGAGCGAAACCUCCUCUAACAAGUCGAAAGCCCCUCAAAAUCCCAAGAAACUUCUUAUGGUGAACCAAAUGUGGCUCUGGAAAAUCAGCUCAGACACUUUCAUUACGGCAUUCCCGGAUCGUUCGUACAGCAGCUCCGAGGUCGAGCUCUUGACUCAAAUCUCCCAGGGCAUGGCAGAGGAUCUGCCGGCAACCAUAGAUUCAACCAUCAUGAAAGUUUUAGACAGCGUUGUUGGGUUCGUUGAUGCACCAAGCAACGCCGGGUUGGAUGAAAAUGUCUUUGAUAUUUUCGAGCAGAGCAUUGCGUAUGAAGCUCAAGCGGAAACGGAGUGUUUUAGGGAAUUCACCAAGUGGCAAAAGAUUUCAUGGAUACGAGACAGUGAUGCAUCCCAAGCAGAAGCGAAUGAUACCAGCUUCGCGAGAAAAGUGAAAAUGCAAGAAGAAAGCGCGGAGUAUCAGGAGAAGGAGAAGAAGCUGUGCGACAUAACGAAGGAGGUCGAACAUCUCAGCGAGAUCAAAGAUAUCCGGGACGAGCUCAGGAUGAUCGAACGAGUUCUCGUGGACCAGAAAGUGCUUAUUAACCAGUACCGAAGCAUGCUCAAGGAAGAAGACGCGGAGGACCAUCUCUACCCUACGAGCCAGGAUCUCGACGGACGUGUUUCCAAAGUAGAGAGACUCGAAAAGGACGCGCUGUGGGUUGAAAACUCGAUAAAGAGUCUCCUAGACCUUAAGCAAAAGCAGGGAAACCUAAACGACGCAAUAGAUACGCACUGGCUAGCCAACGACGGGCACAAGAGACAAAAAGCCGGCGAGAGACAGAAUCAGUUGCUCUUUGUGUUCACUAUGAUAACCGUGGUGUUCACUCCCAUGUCGUUCGUAACAAGUUUCCUCGCCAUUCCUAGUCGCGACUUUCCCCAGAACGAUGCAGGCGACUCUAUUGGCUGGCGAUGGUGGCAAGUCCUUAUCUCGAUACUGGUCUUAGAGGCCGUCACAUCAUUUUGGAUUCUAGGGUACUGGUUCGACAAGAAAUGGUAUAAGAGUGUAUACGAAAGGGUCCUUUGGGAUAUUGAACGAACCCGGAUUCGAAUCUCGGGUCCGGAUUUAACGAUUGCGGAUCCCUUUUUGCGAUAGAAACAGUUUGAAGUCAAGGUAAGCCGAAUACUAGUGGAA